AUCGUUAUUGAGAGGAAAUAGUUGAUUUCCAACAACAAAGCUUCUAUGAAUUGGGUGCCCCACUGAUCCCCGAGCUUCCGUCUGAUUCAGCAAUGGCGGAAAUCUCAGAACCUUCGAAUCCGCCACUUGAACAGUCCGCUUUCGACCCCAGUACCAUGCGGAAAACUAAGCCUGGCUUCAAGCGUCUAAUUCUUACCAUCUCCGUUUUCUCCUCUUUCCUCUUAGGUCUUCCAUUUCUAUGGAAAUCCGUCGAAAUCUACCGCGCGCCACUUCCGUUUAUGGACAUAGAUGCCCUCUCUUCUCAAUUAGAAUCCACACCAUUGCAAUUUCCUUGUAGUUUCCGGGUCAUUUAUGUUGGAUUUGAUUCCAUUGCCCCUCGAGUCUCAGCCGAGCAGCUAAAAUCGUCUAUCCUCGAUGAGAUUACUGAAUUGUCUUCUAAAUCUUCACUUUGUGGCAGUUGCAGCAACAACUACGAUGUCUCUGUGGUUAUUGAAUCGGGUUCUGAUUGCUCACAGACACGCACUGACGCAUCCUCGUGUUCGUGGCGGUGUGGAGCUCUCAGUGCUUCUGAUUUUGCUGUUUCUUUGGAAAAUGGCAAUGAUAGUGCCGAUGAUUUCUUGGAGGUUGCUCUGGGAGGUUGUUCGAGGUCAGCUUCUGGUGGGAGAGGUUAUAGUGUAGUGGUGAUGAACAGGGACGAGAAUGUGGAGGUCACCAUCGGAAAAUAUCGCCAUGCUUGGAUUGUUGGGAGGAUUUCAGAGAUGGAAGCAAUACCGAAAGUAGCGGAAAUUUUUGUGAAGUUGUUUGGUAAUGGUGGAAGGGAGGAGGGAUUAAUUCCUGGCGAGUUCAUGCCUGUUGGUGCUGAUGGAAAGAUUUUUCUUUCUUUUAAUUUGUUGAAUGCAGAUCCAGAUGAUUGGAUAUAUGACUGGGACUUUCAGACAGUAGAUGAAGUUCUAUUGAAACCUUUAAUCAAGGAAUUAGCACCUGUAGCAAAUGUCUCGGUCGAGAGUCAGGUUUUAUAUCAUACACCAACUUCCUCCUUUUCUUACUGGGAUGACGACCAGGAGAGCUACAUCUUCAAUACUAAAGAUCUUCCCUUUUUUGUGAAUUCAAACGAGUGGCAUUUGGAUACUUCUAUUGCAGCAGGCGGGAGGUCAAAGAUAUUGCAUUUUGUGAUAUAUAUACCAUCAGCAAGGGAGUGCCCCCUUCUUUUACAGCUUCCCGAUGGCCAGAUUUCAGAAACAAAUGGGUUUAUAUCUCCUAUGUGGGGAGGCGUAAUUGUUUGGAACCCUAAAGGCUGCCUAGACCGUAAAAGCAAGCAACACCAUAGGCAAAUGAUUUCUUAUCCAGAGUUGGAGAAAAUUGUUGAAGUGUUCCUGGGGCAGUUUCGGCAGCUUUUUGGCCUGAAGUCCGAUCCUCAACAUGUUGGUCUAUCGGGCACAUUCAAUAUUUUAACUAGCGAGAAAGGCUUUACAAAAUGGGAAAUUGAUUUUCUGUCGAGGCAGCAUUCAUGUUUUAAUCUUCAUUCUUGUGCUUCAUCCCUUGGAUCUCUUUCCAGAUUGGUUCAAUCAUUGCCGAGAAUGAUUAUCCUGGAUGAGAUUGGAAAACAGGUAAAAUAUUCUCUCAAGGCUGCAAACUUGGCCCAAAGAAAUGCCUCCCUGGGAGUUUUUGAUGCUGCAGCCAUCUCUUCCAGGCAAGCAAGAUCACUGGCAGAAGAUGCGUUCUUUCACCCAUCAAUAAUGUCAGUCAGCUAUUUUUCAUUUGAGCACUGCUUUGCUGUCUACUCGCCUUUCUUCUUGCCAGUUGCUUUGCAUGUAAUUUUGGCUGCACUGAGAGAAUGGAAAAGAUACAAGCAAGAACACAAGAAGUAUUUGGCUUUUUUGGCCAAACCAAAGCAAAGCUGAGAGCUUAAUCAUAGUGAAUUUGUGUUUGCUUAAUCGGUUCUUACAUUUUUCCUUGUAACUUAAGGAAGGCUUGUCAAGUUUAGAGGUAAACAAGUAGACAUUGAUAAUAUUUGUGGCGUAUCUCCAAUAACAUUCAUAGUUUUUAUGUCUAACACGAAGGUUGAUAUUGUAAAAAUCUUUGUUAUUUAUCUUAGUAUCAGAAUUUUGUUGAAAGAAA